AUGAAGACUAUCUGGCUGUCUUUUGCUGCCUUUGCACAGGCUGCGAUCGCCAUGCCCGCCACCGAGGUUAAGCUUGAAGCCAAGGACAUUGAGUUCAAUACCACCGCCGCGGCCGAAGCUGCUCUCUUGGCCUGCGGUUGCGUCCACAACAAUGAUGCUGGCCGUUGGGAUGAUCCCAUGAAGCCCAGCGGCAGACUUGCUGAUCUUUGCAGCCGUGGUGGUGGAUGCCAUCAGGCAGCAAUCGGACGUAUGUGUGUCCAUGGCGACACGGGACCGUGUGGUUGCGCUGUUGCUAGCGCCGAGGAGUGCGAAUCCUGUGAGUCUUCAUUGAAACUAGCUCUUGGCUCCGAACCAGCAUUCAGUGUGGUGGUCUUUCUGUUACCAUCACUGGUUAGUAGUGGAAAACAAUGGUCAUGA